GCUCCCCAAGGCUAUGGGAGAGUGUGGAACCUGGAAUUCAGGAGCACGUGGCAAGUGAGAGUCAGCCAGAAAAACAAGCAGGUGAGGUUCUUCCAGCGACUGUCCUCCCUUUACGUGAAAUGCAGACUGGAGAACAGGCAGCAGCAGUUCCUGCCAGAGCUGAGGCCACCAUACCAGUCCCCCCAGGCACAUAUGAAGACUUCAGAGCCUUUGAAGAAAGCCAGGAGGCUGUCUCCAGAACUGAGCUCUGGGACCGUGGUGGAAAAGAGGACGUUGGAGUGGGUAAAGCGUUGGCAGAUGAAGCAGGUCAUGAUGUGUGCACGGAAGAAUUUGCCACAUCAGCAGUUUCCGAAUUCUCUCAGGGUGCUCCAAGUGCUGGAAUGUUCUAUCAUGAGAAACUGGCUGCUCCGUUUGAAAAGUGGCACCCGGGUAUUGAUGAUGUGGGGUAUGAGCCAGUUGACAACUCCCAUAUUCAAGACAGGCCGUAUCCUUUAUACAGCAGAGGUAAAUUGAAAGAAGAGGCCGCUGGGCAUGAAAAAGAUGAAGACCGUGACAUUGAUGAAACUAUUCCACAGGAUUCACCUUCCUCAUUAGGACCACAAGACUCUCCACUGCUUGAAGCAGCCGAGGAAGCUGUGGAGGUGCAUGGCUUUCCAGCAGAAGGCCGACCCAAAGAUAAUCUGGCAGAAAUAUCUAGAGAGACUCCUGUUACUGAAAGGGAAGCUCAUAAAGCAGGACAGAUCCUAGAUGAGAGACGGCAGUGGUUGUCAGGGAAAGGAUAUGAUGAUGUUACCAAGAUGGAACCCUCUGAAAGUAUGUACCAAGUGGAAGUUGAAGCUAAUGUAAUUAGGGAGGGAGAAAUCUCAGGUUCUCCACUAGAUGCAACCAAGUUUCCUGAUAGGUUAAAUAAGGACGUGGCAGAUAGAAGUGUUUCCUUGCAACAGGAGAUGGGGGGAAUGGUGCAGGCCAUGGAAAAAGAAGAGGCACCCAAAAAGAAACCUGCAACUCGCAUAUCGGAGAAACAAGUCAGUCGGGUUCCUCAUUUAAAAGGUGUGUGUGUGUCUCAUUUUCCUGCCCCACGCUUCUAUCUCCAAUGACUUGCUCAGGUCAAGGCUGCUAAAACCAGUACUGGCACCCCUUGAAUCCUGCUGCCUGACAGUUGUCCACAGAUGUUCGCUCUGAACAAAUCCAGCGUGCUGCUGCUUUUCACCCUUCGUUUACUCCUGGCCUUUGAUGCAUUCGCAUCACACUCACGCUUUGGUUGCAUGUUCUCUUGCAUGGGCGAUG